UUCUCCGACGAUGUACAAGAAAACAGACAAAAACAAAGAAAACAAAGAAAACGAAGAAGAUAGGCUGGUUCCAGUUGUUGUGAAAAAAAGAAAAAAAAAAAAAAAAAAAAGCUAGCUGCCAACACUGCCUUGACAUAGUCUCUUCUGGAAGCAAAUUCCCACUUGCUCCCUCAGAAUGCCUCGCCGAGCUCUGCAACAGGAAGUGAUCUCUCCAGCACACUCUAAACUUCCGUUAAUGAGCUCUUCAUCGAAAUCAGAGUCUUCAGAAAUCUUAUUCUUUUUCUUUGGUGGAAUACUCGUGUUUAUAAUAUUGGUUAUUAUUAUAUUCAUCUUUUGGAAAUUAAAACCGGCAGAGUUUAAGAAGCUGCUAGCAAGAACCAGAAGGAGACCAGCAUCUCCAGACUUCUUUAGUGGCAACCUUCGAACAAUAAGCUAUUUUGACUUUCAGACAUUGAAGAAAGCAACAAAGAACUUUCAUCCCGGUUAUCUCCUUGGAAGAGGUGGAUUUGGACCUGUUUAUCGGGGAAAAUUAGCAGAUGGGAGGUUGAUUGCAGUGAAGCAAUUGUCUCUUGACAAGUCCCAACAAGGAGAACCAGAAUUUCUUGCGGAGGUGAGAAUGAUCACUAGCAUCCAACAUAAGAAUUUGGUUCGUCUCCUUGGAUGUUGCUCAGAUGGGCCUCAACGGCUACUUGUAUAUGAAUACAUGACAAACAGGAGUUUGGAUCUCAUAAUUUAUGGAAAAAAUGGUCAGUUCCUGAACUGGAACACUAGGUUUCGAAUAAUUAUAGGUGUUGCUCGAGGGUUGCAGUACCUGCAUGAGGAUUCACCUCUAAGAAUUGUUCACAGAGAUAUCAAAGCAAGCAACAUUCUUCUUGAUGGAAAAUUUCAACCAAGGAUUGGAGAUUUUGGGCUGGCCAGGUUCUUCCCUGAAGACCAAGCUUAUUUGAGUACUACAUUUGCCGGAACUUUAGGUUAUUCAGCACCGGAAUAUGCUAUUCGGGGAGAAUUGUCUGAAAAGGCGGACAUAUAUAGUUUUGGAGUACUUGUUCUCGAGAUUAUUAGCUGCAGGAAAAACACAGAUCUCACUUUGCCAUCAGAAAUGCAAUACCUCCCUGAAUAUGCAUGGAAGCUGUAUGAAAAGUCGAAAGUGAUUGAUCUGGUAGAUCCAAGAAUGAGAGAAGAUGGAUUUGUGGAAAAGGAUGUUCUGCAGGCAAUAAAUGUGGCAUUCCUAUGCCUUCAACCUCAUCCAAAUCUUAGACCCCCCAUGUCAGAGAUUGUAGCAAUGCUGACAUGCAAAGUGGAAAUGCCUGGAACACCUAUGGAACCGGCAUUUUUGGAUCGAAGGCGUAAGGAGGAGAAGAACCUUUCUUGGGAUACAAUUUCUGAACCUUUCCCUUCUCCCCCUCAAAGUGAUUCCACUUCUUUACCUAGACCACCAAACUAGGCACUAUUAUGCAUCCUGUUAUUUUAUUUUAAAAGAGAGCUUGGAAAUUGAUCUAAAUGUUACAUAAUGUCAUCUUGGUGCUUAAACCGUUGCAGCUCUCAAAGUUCUGUAUUCUUUGUAUUUGUUUUCUGAUUUUUGUUAUUUUUCUGUACUUGGUAAAUUUUGUUCUAUAGAUUCAUAGUUUGGCAAUUUGGUGGAUGUGUAAUGAUCUUGCAGUUGUUAAAAAAGGCAACAAAUUGAAGCUUCACUUUUGUAACAGUUAUGCAUAAUA